GCACCCCAAAAACUGCCGUACGAGUGCACUGCGGGGACCUGGACACCGGCAAAUCGUUGGCAGCUACUAAUUGUUACCGUGCACUGCGCUGGGUUUAGUACAGAGCAUCCCUUCGGCGGUUCUCAUCUCCUUGUCCUGCCAGCACCCGGCAUCCAUCGAAUGCGAACGCUCAAAUUAUUGCUGACCUCGUCUGCACGCGUUCGCAUGGCCUCCAUGACGAGCAACGCGAAAGGCACGCUCGCGCCCGCAUCGAUCCUAGCCGAGUCGUGGUCCAUCGCGGCCGAGGGCUACGACGAGAUCUUCGUCCCUAGAUUCAAGCCCUGGACGGACAACGCGCUCGCCUUGCUGGGCAGCACCGAGUUCAAAUUGCCACAAGGAGACGUUCUGGUGCCGACGUGCGGCCCCGGCCACGAGCUGCCGCUCGUCGCGGAGUUGCUGAAGAAUAGAAACGUGCGUGGGACGGACUUGGCACCCGGUGCGACGCGGCGUCGAUGGCGUAAAGGGGAAGCCUUCGGUCACGCCGUCGCCACCACGCAGGUAUGAUUGAGGUCGCGCAAAAACGCUGCGAAGGGAAUCCGAGACUUUCGUGCGCCGUCGAAGACGCGAUGGCGCCCUCGGGCGAAUAUGCGGCCUUAUUCUCCGUCUUCGGACUGCAACAAAUGCCCGACCACGCGCAAGCUAUACAAGCGUGGACACGUUGUCUGAAAAUUGGCGGCGUCGCCGUCGUUAUCUAUUGGCCUAUGGGCCAAGGCGUGGAAAAGCGGGGCCCGUGGGCGCACUGGGGACGCCUGCUCCGAGCAGCGCUCGGCGACGGCGCGCGCCGCGGAGUCCAGGGCUGGGAGGACUCGCUCCCGUCUGCGAUAGAAAGCGCCGGCGGCGAGGUCCUGUUCUCCCACCCGCUCAAAUACAGAAUCCAGUGGCCCAACGCGUCGGAAAUGUUCGACGCGAUGACCGAAUGCGGUCCCUGGCACGCGCUCCGCCUAAAAAAAGGCGACGACUUCGUCGACGGGCUCCGCGACGACUUCCUCGCGCCCUACGCCGUCGACGCGCCGCUCGUCCACGACCCCACGGCGCGGGUCCUAGUGUUCCGUAGAAAAUCUUAA